AUGCCGUCAAUGUGGCUGACAGACACGCAGAGAUGUACUCUAGAGGUUGGGGUGGUGUUCUGCUCUGGCGGUAGGCUUGCUAUGGGAAACAUCCUCUUCUUGAUCGGCCUACCACUUAUCCUUGGACCCCAAAAGACUCUCGCCUUCUUCGCCCGCAAACAGAAGCUUACAGGAACGGUCACCUUUGCCCUGGGAAUCGGACUUAUUCUCUGCCGCUGGCCGCUCAUAGGGUUCUGUGUUGAACUGUACGGCCUCUUCGUCCUGUUUGGCGAUUUCCUCGUCACUCUCGGCGGGUUUGUGGGCAGCAUACCUGUCGUCGGACCGUACUUGCGACAAGCGCUUGUCUGGCUGGGCACCUUGGGGGGAAGAAGGGCUAACCCAGACCUACCUGUAUGA